GCAGUCAGUGAAGGGUACGGGAGACGACACGUGUUUUCUCAAGUUGACGCAUUCCGUCGAGAUGGUCGCCGUCCCGGGACAGACCCUGCACCUGCGCUGUCCCGUGACGUCACGCGACAGUCUACAACCCGCUCUCGACGUCUCCUGGUAUCACGACGACAAGCUCAUUACUUACGACGAUCUCAACCUCCUGACUACCGCCGGAGGACUGGUGUUAGUUACCGUUACGCACCUACAGAGGGCGGGAGUGUACAGAUGCGAGCUGAGCGGGCAGACGGUCGCCAGCUACGCCGUGCUGGUGAACAACGACAUUUGCAAAGUACCGGUUACCGAAUCGCAAUAUCAGGCGAAAUAUUCCGACUGGUGUCAAGAGUUCGAAACGUACAGAAGUAAUCUAGCGAGCUGGGCGAAACUCAGAAAGACUUGUGGAAGUAGAUAGUUUACCGAGCAUACCUCAACCAAACCAUGGCGGCCGAAUGCGGCUAGAACUUUCCGACAGAGACAUCGAUGUCCC